AUGAUCCUGACUUUUCACAAAGUGUUCGAUCUACUCGAAUUGGCAGGAAAGUUGACGUGUACCUGGCCGGAAGAUUCGAGCACCAGCAAGUGGACAAAUGUUUUACGUAAUUUUCGUUGGAUCUUCGCGUUGAUCAAUGUGGUCGUCUUAUUAAUAUCCUUAGCGUUGGGUGUCUAUCACCAUCGAAGAGAUUUCCUCCUCCUAAUGAAAACCAUGUCCGAGGUCAGUGCAACCCUGGAUGUAUUCUGUGACCUGGUCCUCUGCAAAAUGAACAGCACCCAACUACAGAUUUUGAUUCAAAGAAUCAGGAAGUAUUUGGAGACGGCAAGCGAGUACGAAAAUCAUGUUGUACAAAGCUACCUGGAUCGUUACAAAGAAUUUUACUCAGUGAUCGUAGUAGCUUACAUUGCAACUGGAAUUUUCUUCACAUUGGCGCCAUUAUUCUUGGGCCAAAAUCUACCAGCGGAUGGUUGGAUCCCAUUCUCCACCGAGUCCUUUGGAAUAUAUUGCAUAGUUUACUUCGUAGAAGCUUAUUGCAUCUGGCAGGCAGCACUCAUCUUCGUCGUCGACAUCAUGGUCGUUACUCUCUUCUGUUUCACCGCUGCCAGACUGGAUAUAUUAGGCUCGAAGUUAAAACAAGUAAACUGCCGCGAGCUGCUGGUUAACUGUAUCAAAGAACAUCAAGAGAUAAUAGGAUUUUUGGAAGAUACCGAAGACGCUGUUCAAUCUUUGCUAUUUAAAAUGAACGUUACGAUUGGGAUCGCUGUCGUAUCAGCAACGUUUCCGAUGCUUUACAGGAGUCAGAAACCAUUCCUGGUUUCAAUGGGUGGUUUGUUUCCAGCACUUUCAUUGGAGUAUUACUCGCAGAUUUUGAUCAGAAGAAUGAAGAUGCACCUGGAAACAACAAACAAAUAUGAGAACAAAGUUAUACAAAGUUACAUAGAUCGUUACAAGAAAUUCUACUCGAUGGUAGCGAUGUCGUACAUUUCAACUGGAAUUUUAUUCUGUUUGAUGCCGUUAUUUUCGAAACAAGAGCUACCAGCGGAUGGUUGGAUACCAUUUUCCAUCGAGCCCAUUGGAAUAUAUUGUAUCGUUUACUUCGCGCAAGUAUAUUGCAUUCUGCAAACUGCACUCAGCUUCAGCUUCGACUACGUGAUUGCUAUCCUCUUCUGCUACACCGCGGCGAGAUUAGAUAUAUUAGGAACGAAGAUGGGACAAGUAAAUUGCUGCGAGCUGCUGACGCAAUCAGUGGCUGUAACGGGGCAGUUUCUUUCUAUGCUGCUCGCAGGCUGUGGACACAUGUAUCUUAUUUCCUGGCCAUCGGACGAUUUGAAAGAAAGCAGUCUACGGUUUGCGAUAUCGGUGAACGAUAUUCAGUGGAUAGGAAAACGACAAAACAUGGCUAACAGUGUAUUAAUCAUGAUGCGUAGGAGUCAAAAACCAUUUCUCAUUACGAUGGCUGGUGGUUUACUUCCGCCCCUUUCGUUUGAAUAUUACUCGCAAUUUUUGACUACUGUAUCUUCCUAUUUUAUGGGGAUGAGAACCAUGAUUGAAUCAUAA